CCCAUUCCUCACCCUCAGAAGGCAGUCCCCCAUCCCUCCCCCACCCUGAGGAUUCCCAAGGAUCUUCUUGUGUCUUGUGACACCAUGUCUGGGUUAGUCUCUCUGCUGCUGCUGCUACUGCUGCUCUUUUCUUGCCAGAUCUCAGAAGGCUCCAAGCACGUAGAAGCAAGGAACAUCACUGAAACCAACUGUCCUUCACGGAAAAAGAAUUCUGCAGUGCGUACAGGACAUGUUUGUCAGAGGAGCUGUGAACGCCGCCAGUGUUCAAGAACCAGAAAGUGUGAAUGUGACGGUAAAUGUGGACUGAGUUGCAUUUCUCCAGCGUUAAGAUGUCCGUGGCCUGUGACAGUUGAUAAUGCUGAGACACACUUGGCCCAGGAAUCCCAUGUGUUUGGAGACUUCAUGACAGUGACCUGCCAGUCUGGAUAUAGAAUACUGGAUGGACAAGAAAUGUCAGUCAGCCGUUGUCAAGGAGACGGAAAGUGGAGUGUCACUGCACGCUGUGAAGAAGUUUUUACUUUUGCAAAUGUUUGCAAACCUCCUCCUGAGAUUGAAAAUGGAAACCACGAAAAUGGUCCUUAUACCAUAGGAAAGGAAAUACUAUAUAUGUGCAAAUCUGGAUAUUGGUUGCAGGGGUCCAAUUCCCUCCGAUGCCAAGAAAAUGAGGAAUGGUCAGACAAUGCUCCAACUUGCCAUCCUGUUACCUGUUCCCGGCCACCUAACAUUGCACAAUCAACACUGGUGGCUGUACACCAAUCUGAAUAUCCUGUAGGAACUGUAAUCUAUUACUUAUGUCAGAAGGACUUCUUCCUAGAUGGUUCUAACAGAGUCAUCUGCCUGAAAAAUGGAACCUGGUCCAAUCUGCCUUACUGUAGAGCUCGUUGUCCUGUCAUUGUCCAGAGGAGCCGGAUGAUCUACAAUGGACACAAAGUUUGGGCUUAUGAGAUCCCAAAUGGUUUUGUUCACCAUGGUGAAACAAUCACGUUUUUCUGCCGAAGUCAGAAUAAGACCUGUAAUUUUGAAGUUGAAAGCCAUUGUUAUGAUGGUGUAUUGAAGAUACCUGAUUGCUAUGAUGAGCCAACAUACUUGCAAUACCAUCUCUUCCCCAAAAGAGUUGUAUCCGAAAUAGGUGCUUGUUGAACAUCUGACUAUCUGACUCCUUCAGCAGUGAGAUCUUUUCUCCUUCUCCUUGUUCAAGCUUGAGAGGCAUCCUGGAAGUCCAAGGGAAGAAAUGGAAAUGAGAAGAUUAAUACUAAGAAAAGAUGUCAACCAAAGGGAAAAGAGAAGGCAGGGCUGUUGUAUUGAAAUGCUACAGCUGGCAUUCUUCACAA